AGGGUGCACCCAGCAGGAUCACGUGACUUUGUUGGGUUCCCAAUGAAACGUUUAAGGAUGUAAAUACACAGACUUAUACGAAAAACCCGAAAACGGAUGACGAAUGUUCAAGUAUAAGUAAUGACAAAUUUACUAUUAUGAGUAUAGAAAUAGUGUCAUAAACAACUCCACCUACGAAUGAAAAGCGAAUAUGGCUAGAGAGGUACCGCCGGUAGGCAUCGUCGUUCUUGGACGUAAACAUGUAGGAAAAACAAGUUUAAUCACAGCUCUGUGUGGAUUGAAACAACACUUGGAAUGCGCUUCUUCCAGUGUGGAGCCAGUGUUGUACCCAUAUCCGAAAAACAAGGCGAUUGUUUUUUGGGAAUUUCCUCCCUUUGGAAGCGACGAUGUAUCUAAUGAUGCAUCCACGGCUAAUGUCAAAGGAAUUAAAUUAGAUACCGAUCUUUACGAAUGUGCUUUGCUUGUGUGUGACGAUGAACUCGCCGAGUUAGAUAAAUCAAUGCUCGAACAGGUUUUGAAGUUAAAAUUCAAAAAAGUAGUCAUUGUUCGUAAUAAAGUGAACGCUAGUAUAGAAUUUGAUCUCACUCGGUGUCUAGAGAACCACAGCCCCGAUCACGUGUUUUCUCAGUGCAUAAAUGGCACUGAAGAGUAUUUUGAAGCUUAUAAGCCUGACAAAAUCUUUGUGUUGGACACGUUUGACACAGACAAAUUCCAGUUCAAUGACCUUGACAUCUAUCUUCAAAGCGGCGCUGGCUUCAACAGAGCAAAUCCUGACCGAUCGUUGAGGCAAAAAAAGUCAGGAGGUAAACGUAGAAUAUCCUAUCUGGGCGAUGAUAUGUACCAGCCCGCCAAGAGAGACGACGUCUUCUCCGUCGAACAGCCCGCUAUGCUCACCGGAGCAGACGGACGUGCUUGCCGCACCAUCGAGGACACUGAAGGCAAUGACGCAACGCGUUAUGAUGCAGGCACGAGCCUCGACUUUAGUAGAUGGAAAGAUGACAUUAGUGACUUAACAGCUGACGAAGACGAAUUAAAAAGUUUCAUUCUAGAUUUCAAUCAGUCUUCUCCAAGCAAGAGGCGAGAUCUGAUCAGAAGAACUCGAGAUGACCUAGCACGAUGGGAGACAGAAACACUAAACAUAGCUGUUACGGGUAAUGCUGGAGUCGGCAAAUCAAGCUUUAUUAACGCUAUUCGAGACGUCAAACCAAAUGAAGAUGGUUGGGCACGCGUUGAUGUCGUUGAAGGAACCAUGCAUCCAACACAAUAUAACCAUCCCGUCUUUCCGAAUAUAUUUCUAUGGGAUCUUCCGGGCGUUGGUACAGAACGUUUCAGACGAGAUACGUACAUGGACCAGGUUGAAUUUGAAAGGUACGACUUCUACAUCAUUGUUUGCGCAGGACGUUUUACCGAGAAUGACCUAUGGCUCGCCGAAACGAUACGUCAAAAGGAAAAAACGUUCUUCUUUGUCCGCACGAAAGUUCAGCAAGACAUCGAUAAUGCCAGGCGAGUCUACUCUGGACCACCGGUUUUCGACGAAAACUUCGUUCUAAGAAAAAUACGGUGGAAUUGUUUAGAUAGUUUACCAACAUCUCGGCGUGGAGAAGUUUUCCUCAUCGACAAUUACGAACCACACCUGUACGACUUUGGGAAGCUGGCAAUGGCUAUCAUACAACAUUCACCGCCGGAGAAGAGACAGGUGGCAACGUUUGGGACGUGUCUUUUGACCGAGGAUGUCAUCAAGGCAAAGGAAGAAGAACUAAACAAGCGAAUCUUAAAAACCGCCCUGAUGGUUGCCGUAACGGAUGUGUCUCCCAUUGAUGUGUUUGGCAUUUCUUCAACAGAUGAAUAUCUUCUUACAGAGGCACAUUUCUAUCGGGAGCAGUUUAAGCUAACAGAUGCACACUUAAAGAAAUACGCUGCAGAUGAAGGUAAAACGAAACAAGAAUUGGUAGAGUGCAUGCAACUUAAGUCGACAAUACUUUGCCAAAGUGCUAAGAUACCGAUGGUUAUUGAAAUGCUAUGCCCCUCCAAGAUUAAAGAUAUUGUGCUUCCCGUUGUGACGACCUUGGCUUCCGGUGCAGUCUCGUUUGGAAUAGCGAUUAAGUUUCUGAGUGUUGCUUUGAAUGCUGCCGUUGAAGACGCGAGAAAAAUAAGGUCCAUAAAAUCAGACAAUGUAUAGGAUCCGGUGUAACUAAAAGAUAUUCAUUUACGAUUGCGAGAUCUUAUAGCAAAAUUGUUUCAUAUCCAUUAUUACAACGAUGCACGUUGAACGAUAUACACCAAUGAUGAAUACACAUUUUCAAAGAAGUAUUUUGUGUAACAGUUGUUAUGUGAUGUUUGGGCAUGGAUUCGAUGGACUGUUAAAAACGGUCUGUGACAGAGUGUAUAAUUAAAAAAACACCAUUAACGUUUUUUUUUUCUUUUUCAAAGUUUGAAAACUGUAAAGUUUCAAGUAAAUACAAACGGGAAGAUACCUUGCAACAAGGGAAAACGAGCUUUCUGCAUACGUAAUGGUAUAAAAGAGGAAAUCAAUGCUGUGAGGUAGUUAAGAUUUAGAACACGACAUAUGAAUGGAUGUUCAUAUGGAUAUUCCUGUUUAUUAUAUUGGUACAAAAAGAACGUUUCAAAGUACAGUUAUUGAAUUUUUGAUUUGUGAAACCCAUUUCUGUUCAAUACAUAUGAAGUAUAUUUUGAUGGAUAUAUGUUUUAAUUUCAUGUGCGAAAAAUGUUAAGCACCAAGGAAUGUUCAACUUCAAAUCAUUUACCAUUACAAUAUUUAUUAUUUGGCAAAGCAUAUUCGAAUUGUAUUCAUACAUGAAAUGUAUGUUUUCAUGCUAUAGAGAUAUAAAAAAGAUGCUGAAUGUUCAAAAGUCAAUUAUUUAUUUUUCGUCACAUUGCAUGGUCAAAAUUGAGUUACGGAAGAAUACAAUGACAUUGUAUGAUCAUAUUGUUUAAUAACUGGCUUGAAAAGCUUGUUAAAAAUAUGUAUUUAGUAAUGUCUUCGAACUAAAAUUAUAUUUAACAUAAUAAAGUGUCAUGUCAUGGUCACGUUUAAUACUUUGAUUUGUUUGGUGGAUGCUUAAAAUCAUUUCAUUUAAAGCCACACACCUUGAAAUGAAAUACAUGGCAUAGUAAAUUUAAGUAUAAAUAAGAAACAUAUUGUAUCUAUGCCAUUUAGAAUAUAUCUGGUGGUUACAAUGUAUAAAUCCGUCUCUAUUGCGCUUUCAAACUUAAAAAUAAUCGCGUUUGUCGAAGUGGACGUAUACGUCUAGAAAUCCUUCUUUCGGUUUUAACAGCAGUACCGUUUGAAAAAUAAUAAACUACUGGCUAACUAAGCUAUAGAUUUAUUUUUAUCUUUCUCAAUUAAAAUAUAUCUGGUGAUUACAGGGUAGAAAUCCGUCUUUGUGCGCUGUAAAACUUAUCGCGUUUGUCCAAAUGUAUAUAUACGUAUUGAAAUCCUACAUUCGGUUUUAAAAUGUAAACAAAUAAUAAAUUACUUGCCAACUAGGAUAUAGAUUUAAUGGCAAUUUUGCACACUUUCAAAUUUCAUCUAUAUGUAUUGAUUAACGUGUACUUCUUUUCAAGGUGUGUGGCUUUAAAUAUUUAAUAUUGUUUUAUGUUGAAAGACAUUUCAUACAGUUGUUAAAUGAUGUUGUGGGGUUUAGUACAUAUCCGAGAUUUGUUAUGUGCUAUUUGAGUUAUUUAUAUACUUUAUACGUUCUGAAGUGAAAUUUUAUAUUAAUAAUCAUAUAAAUAGCGGUAUGUGCUCUAAAUAUAUUAAAUUAUGUGUAUAUUCAAUUUGCUUGUUUGAUGUGUAUUGCUGUUUUCAUUGUUAUGUAAAUAUAACAAUUUGUAUCAUUUAAGGCGCUAUUUAAACCCUUAGUUACCUCUUUCUCUUGUUAUUACCACUUAUGUUGUGUUCGUUGUUCUUUUUUCUUAUGUUUUAUCAGAUUGUUUUAUUUUCUGUCUUAUAAUUGUUUAUUUGUCGCCAAAAUGCAUGUUAGUUUAGUGUAUAACGUGGCCUAAGAGACAUAAUAAUGACAAGUUCUGUUCAGUGACAUUCAUGAUGAAUUGAUUAAUUGCUGUGUUUAGUGAUAUGUAUGUAUGCAUUAAUAAUUCUAUUAAGUUUUGAAGUGGCAUUGCUUGUUCAGAAAAUUAAUUUAAUGAAUUGGAAAGUGAAUGCACAUGUUCUAGCCUAGAUAAAUAACGGUGUUUUAGUUGCUCGUCAUAAUCGCUGACUGUUUAACACAUGUCAUUUAAUUAUAUUAAAUUUGAUUUCGAACAAUAUGAAACAUAGAUGGAUCUUGACAUUGAUUAUAAUCGUAAUAAGUAUCAUAAUAUUAUAUGCAAUACAUAAUGUGAUUUUCUGUACUCAAAGUGUGUGCAACAUAUGAUAUAUUUAUUACUUGUAAUUAAUAUGAUUCAAUCUACACACACUGUGCAAUAUGUGUAUAUUUAAUGAAGUCCUCUGUAUUAUUCAGUGUACUCACGUGUAUUGUGAACUUAUAUCAUUUACGUGAUGACUAUUAUAAGUAUUAUAUCAACAUAUAUUAUCUAAAGUUUUAUUAAAUCCUUAAAGAGAA